AUGAAUCCUGAUGCUACACGAUUGCCUACAUUUUAUGAAGCAGGAAUGUUUUACGUUGCAAAGGUUGGAUUAGGUAGUGAUCAGACGUGGCUUCAGUGCGAAGGUGCCGUUAUAGCUUUCACUCAAGAUAUGCCACUAUAUCCUUGGAACUUGUCAACUACAUUUCAUCCUGUUCCUUGUAACACACCUGAAUGCCCGCAAGGUCACUGCAAUGAUGGUGGUCAAUGCAUUUACAUAGCAGCCUAUGCCAGUGGAUCAGCUACAUCUGGUGAUCUUGCUAAAGAGACGUUCACUCUAGACUCUAACACUGGUGCCGUCGAAAAUAUGGAUUUACACGUGGGUUGCGGUCUCCGCCAAGAUAAUUUUGAUCGUUUGUUUGGUGAUAAUCAUUCACGUGGCAAACCUAAUAUGAUUGCAGGAAUGCUUGGUUUAGGGAAAGGCCCAUGGUCUUUUCUAAAUCAAUUGGGUGCCGCCGGACAAGGUAAAUUUUCCUACUGCUUCGAGACGUUUAACCAAAAUAUUAAGGCAUCCAACACAUAUUUAAGGUUCUGUGAAGAUGCGACAAUUGGAGCCGCAGCUCGAAACGUACAUGCAACUCCUAUUGCGGUGCGGGAGCAAUUUCGGACGACAUACUAUUACUUAAAUCUAAAAGAUGUUAGUGUAGGUGACAAAACAGUAGGAUUUCCUAAAGAUACUUUCAAGCUUAACGAUCAAGGUGAAGGUGGUGCUUUGAUAGAUUCUGGUGCUAGACUAUCCUUUAUGUAA